AUAUCGCAUAAUAUUAAGGAAAUUAACCGUGAUAAUUAAAGAGUUGCGUAAUAUGGAUUGUAUUUUAUUUACUUCCUUCUAAUUUGAACACUAAGCACUAAUAACUCUGGCAACUGAGUACAUAUUAUUGAAGACGUCAUUUUGAUAGUCAGAAAGUAAACAAAUAUUACUGACAAUGUAAACAAACAACAAAUAAUAGUGUCUUAAUUUCACGUUAAUUUCUUUAGAAAUACUCUAAGACAACCGUUGAAUGCGCGCAUAAUGGAUUUCACUGAACAGAAGCGCUGUUUUUUGCACCUACUCGACACCUCCUACAUUAAAAAAUUCAUGAAAAACGACUGCUGUGGGGUGCUGUGCGACAGAUACCAUCUUGUAAUUACAUUUCAGUACUUUAUCAGGGCCAAAUUCCAAGAAAACGACUACACUGUUCAAAACUUCCUGCUUGCCUUGAGCAUCAGUCAUGACUUAUACGACGAAUCCAAGUACUUAAAGCAUAUUAUAAUGACCCAUUAUCUAUUGGCCAGCAAAGGGAAGGCAACAAAAAAGUCCUUCACUUGGGCCAAGAUGCUCCUGUUCCAAAGAAUGAAAUUUAAGGGGCUCGUGGACAAGAACAUUUGCCGGAAACUGUGCCAAAUUAUACAGCACAAGGGGUUCUAUAAGCACAGAAAGGAGUUGCAUACAGGGAUCAUAAGGGUGCAGGAUUAUUGCAAAAGGUGUAAACUGCCUGUUAAGGGAGAGGACAAGGAGCCCGAGGACGUUCCUCAUGGUACUGAACCCAAAAGGUUCAAAAGGGCCAGCUCAGAUGGUGCCAGUGAACCAUUUUGUUCUGAGGGAGGUUCAGACUGCAUUUCUGACCUUUCCGGAAGUUUUGUCGAAUAAGUCGUUACACUUUUUAACUUUAAGAAGAAUUUUGUUAUUUUUGUUUUGUUAAAGUAUUACCUGAAAUGUAGUAUUAGGCUACUGCUGUUCCAUAAAGAAGGAAAAGCCUUUUUUGUAAUAUUAUUCUUAUAUAAACGAUUUUUGCAGAAAAA